AUGGUCUACACAGGUAAGCCCAGCCGGGGCUGCGGCAUGUGCAAAAGCCGCCGAAUCAAGUGCGACGAGAAACGGCCAACAUGUGGAAACUGCAAGAAAUCGUCGCGAUCCUGUCCAGGCUAUCCAGACGAUUUUGAUCUGGUUUUUCGGGAUGAGAACAAGGCGAUGCUCAAGAAGGUGAGGAAGUGUUCUGGGACGACUUCGCCAGGUAGCAGUGCUGGAGCGUCAAGCUCGCAUCCUUCUCCACAUCCAUCUCCAUCUUCAACCUUUGAGGUGGUUUCAGAAGAAAAAGGCUCUGUAGGAGAGCUUGCCUUUCAGACCGCAACAUCGUCAUCACAUGCAAGCCAGUCACAACAGGUACUGCCUUUGAACAACUACAGGGCGCAACAAGUGCCUUUUGACCAUCCUUUCGACUUUGAAACUUUCGUCUGGAAUCUCCAAACAGCCCAAGUGCCGCCCACGAUAUCACUCGCUCCGGAAUGUGAGGCAGUGCCUUUCUUUUUCAAAAACUUUACCGCCCUUCCGCAACAGGCCGAAAGUACGAGAGGAUUUCUCGAAUACCUAGUGCCACUUUACAACCGUGCCCGUCCAAAUUCAGUUCUACAUCUUGCCACCACCGCUGUUGCAUUGGCAGCGUGCGGACAAUAUCCCGGAAGACAUGAGCUCCUUCGUGAAGCUGUCUCUACGUAUGGCAAAGCCAUCAAGAAAUUAAACGAGGACUUGAAACACCCCGCAAAAGCGAAAAGCAACGAGACCGUACUUGCUAUCCUCAUGUUCUCAUUAUACGAAACAAUUAUGAGCACCGAUGACACAAUCGCAGCCUGGGGUAACCAUGUUGAUGGUGCUGUUGCACUAACCAAACUAAGAGGAAUGGAGCAAUUCAAGGAUCCAAUGUCUCAUGCUAUAUUCCGUGCAGUACGAACCAUGAUGAUCACAAGCUGUGUUCAACGUUCAAAACCGGUCGACUCCUUUCCCAGCAAAGCUGGCUGGAUAGGCCAGGGUGAUAUCCACGACGAAAAUGCAGCAAAUCGACUAACCCUAAUUUGCAUUGACCUGCCCAGCCUACGUGCUCGCGCAAAUACCCUUACCAACAUGCCUUACGACCCAGCCUACGAAUCAGAAGCCAAACAAAUCCUCGACUUUGCGCAACUGGUGGACAGCAACCUUGAAGAAUGGUACCGUACAUUACCGCCGGAAUGGAGGCCUCGCAUAAUCGGCAUCGUUAGCGAGUUGAUUCCAUCCGAGGAACUUUCAUUGGCAGCAAAAUGGCCAGGGGAGCAACACGUGUAUCAUGAUGUGCCAUUGGCGAGCAUCAUGAAUGACUACCGCGUAUGUCGAAUAUUCUGUACAAGGGUCAUCAUGGCAUGUGUGGAGUGGCUUAACUCGGGCCCUAACUAUCGAGAUGGAGAUAGAGCGCGGAAUAAGAGCGUCUAUGUGAUCCAGAAGAUGGUAGACGAGAUCUGCGCAUGUGUGCCUUUUCAUUUGAGCUAUGAGCUGCAGACGGCCGCCAAGGAGAUGGGACAGGAGAAGAAUGCCGCUGAGGCCUUUGGGGGGUACUCGUUAGUCUGGCCACUAUACGUCGCAGCCAAUGCAGAUAUGAUACCGCAAGAGCAACGUGACUGGCUCUUUGGCCGACUCUCAGUCAUUGGCACAAAGUUUGGAUUGAGUAGUGCACAGGUUCUAGUACUGGCAAGGAGACACGUGCUCACAUGUGGGCCAAUGUUCCCAUAACGCAAGGCUACUAUUGAGGGCUGGUGUUGUAUGAAUAUGGUUGAAACGGGAGUAUCAUGAAUGUAUUUCUUUCGUUUAAGCAAUAAACACAACAGGCCCUGUUGAAA